AUGACAACUAUUCCACCUUACUUUCAAAAUAUUCAAGAAUACACGAAAACUUUAGAACAUUUAGUUAAAAGAAGUAAAUUACUGACAAUAAACUUACUUAGAGCGAAUUUUACUAUGAUUAUUGGAGCAGUGUUAUUGUGGGGAGGUGAAAAAAUCGGAAAAGUUAGAUUUAUCACAACAUCAAGCUUUAUAGUUUUAAGUGGAAUUAUAACAUUGAUAUUAUCCAUCCGAAAAAAGCUCGUAAAUAAAACCUCUAGAAAAGAAAUUCAAACUAUGACAAUUGAUGAUAGGAUUUUAAACGAUUUACCUGAUUUAGA